AUGAACCAGAAAACAAACACUGCGCUUCUCGAAAGAAAAGAAAAAGGACUAAUUCUCAUGUUCCAGUUCAUUUCCGACGUGAAUUCGAACUCGAUGGCUUGUAACGGCGCUCCCGUAGGAUAUUUCACAUCUUCUUCAGACGUUCACACCAUUGAGGCGGGCUCCGAGGUGACGGGAGCAUGGCUUCACACAUUGACAAGCACUGGGCCUGAUGAAUUCGCCGACAACAAAGUCAUCGAUUCUUCUCACAAGGGACCAGUGUCUGUGUGGAUGAAGAAGGUGUCCGAUGCAACCAAGAACCCAUCUUCUGGCCCUGGCGAUGGUUGGUUCAAGAUCUCCGAAGAUGGCUACACCAAUGGCAAAUGGGGCGUUGACAAUCUGAUUGCUGCUGGUGGGAUUCAAAAGGCAACUGUUCCCAAAUGCAUCGCCAACGGGGACUACCUUGUCCGCUUCGAGAUUCUCGCCUUGCAUUCGGCCUCCAAGCCUGGUGACGCACAGUUCUAUAUGGAAUGCGCGCAAGUCCGUGUAACAGGUGGCACCGGCGCUGAAACACCAACUACUGUCUCAAUUCCUGGAGUGUAUAAGGCAGAUGACCCUGGUGUCACCGUCAUGAUCUGGAACAAUUUUGGAAAGCCAUACCCGUCCAGCUAUAGUGUUCCUGGACCGCGUCCAUUCCAAUGCAGCGGCUCGUCCAGUGAAGGGAACAACACCGUUGAGACCAGCACCCCCGUCAAGACCAAUACUCCCGUCAAGACCAACAACCCCGUCAAGAGUGGUGUCUGCUCCUCCAGCAAGGGCGGGAAAAAUCGUAGCGGUAGACGGAUGUUCAAGAGGAUGUGA